UCUAUAGCCUUUCUUUUUGUCUUUCUUACUUUGCUAUUUGGUGUUAUAGUAAGAGCCGUAAUGCUUUGCACAAGUAUGUGUAUCCCUUAUAGAGUAGUCAUGUUUAUUUUUGGUGGUAUACUCGGAUUUUUGGCUCACAACUAUCCACAUUUUAGGCCCUUUGUUGAGAUCUGUUAUAUGGACGUCGAUCUUUUGCUAACAGUUUUCCUACCAAUUAUUGUGUUUUUCACGUCUUAUUCUGUGGAUUCACAUUCGUUUUGGCGGAGCUUUCCACAGAUUGUCAUGGUGGGAGUUUUUGGAGUUUUACUCACUGCUCUUAUGGCGGCAUUCAUGGCGUUCUAUUUAAUAGAAUCUUCAUGGAAUUUCUCAACAGCCCUGUUAUUUGGAAUCGUUUGCUCGCCUAUAUACCCAGUAGAAAUUGUGACGCAGUUAAAAGAAUUGACCAAGGGUAAAAAUAUAAGCGUUUUACUGCUGGGUGAGGGUUUGAUUGGAGAUGUCACAGUAAUGAUUGAGUUUACUGCAAUUUUCGGGUAUUUGGCAAUGGCUUUAACGGAUGCAUCGCAAAUAUCUUUGUUACUUCUACGUUUUGCUGGCGGCGGUGUUCUUUUGGGACUCGUAAUGGGAAAAAUAACAGCUGGAUUAUUAUCCUUGACGUAUUACGACUUACUUUGCUCAGUAACUGUGACUCUGGCUGGAGCUUAUUUAACGUACUAUAUUGGAGAGAAGUUCUUCUAUGUGUCAGGGUUGUUGGGAACGGUUAUAGCUGGCGUUAUGGUAAGCAAACGAAAGUCAACUGUAUCAGCUGAGGUGGAACAAGUGGUAUCGCAUUUCUGGAGAAUUCUCUCCCAUAUAGCGAAUACGCUGGUCUUCGCUAUAGUAGGCGUGGUGAUAUUUGAGAAAUUAUGUUAUAUGAUAAGUGUACGGCAAUGUGCUUUGAUAUUUGUGACGUAUACGACGGUGUAUACUUCGAGAUUGUUGGUGUAUGCCGCAAUGACACCUAUUCUGAGGCAUAUAGGGUAUGGUAUGUCCUGGCAACAUGCAAUGGCUUGCGUUUGGGGUGGAUUACGAGGUCCAUUAUCAUUAUGCUUGGCUUUGAUUGUCCUUCAAACACCAAUUGUGGCGGAUGCUGGUGAGAUAUUCAUCAUACAAACAGCGGGUCUAGUUCUCCUCUCUCUAUUAAUCAAUGCCACCACAAUCACCAAAGUACUAAAGAUCCUUGGGCUAGCAGAAAUAUCGUUAGCAAAGAAAGCUAAUAUGACGAAUUGCGUCAAACGUGUGAUGAUGACGAGGGAUCGGUGUAUCUCUAUGCUGAAAAUGGAUAAGUUUCUUGCUGAUGCCAAUUGGGAUCUUGUGCAAGCUAAUACAACAAUAAAACAUCCAUACCAACUGCAAAUGUCUGGUCGCGACGAGGAUAGUGAUGACGACACUUACAUGGGGUACCAUUACACCACGUGCCCGGAUUGCGAGAGGGAGAUACCCAAUGAGCCUACUAAGAAAGAGAUAGCUGAAAUGAUGAGAGAAGCAAAUCAACGCGUGCUAAAAGCAAUGAAGAUAUCGUAUUGGCGCCAAUACGAACACGGCAAGAUAAGUAAAGAUGGCGUCCGUACGCUAGUUCAGGCGGUGGAAGUUGCCGCUGAUUCCAAUGAUGGCAGAAUUAAUUUGGAACAGUUGGGGACGCUGUGGAAACCUAAGGCACACGCAGUCUGGCUUCGUCGUAAGCUAGUAGACAUGAUGAUACCAGACGCGGCGAAUGCCCAAGUGCCCAGACACCCUUGGAGGCAGUAUUGUUAUAGAAUAGUAACCAAUGUGUGGUUCGAUGGCUUUAUAUAUGUGAUGAUUUUGUGUAACACGCCGGUAAUAUUGUUCGAAGUGGCCAUGAGAGGGCCUGUGACUCCAACGGUCACUUUUACGAUCAAGUCUUUGAAUUUAUUCUUCUUCAUUAUAUAUUUGUGGGAGAUGCUAAUUAAAUUCUACGCUUUGACUAUUCGUGGAUAUUUUAGAUCACACUGGAAUAAGUUGGAUUUCUUUAUUAUUGUCAUGGCUACGGGAGAUUUAAUUCUAGAUAUAAUAGAUUCUGUGACUAUGUGGGAUAAAUGGAAUAAUUUGAAUUCAAGUGUUUUAACAGCAACGAAGCUAUUACGAAUGCUACGGUUCUUACGACUAUGCAAAUUGGCAAGAGUAUCUGUGCCGAAAAUAAUGGCUUAUAUAGACAGAAUGAUUGACAUACAACUAGCCUUUGGGUAUGAUGUUGGAAAGGGUUUCGUGACAGGUGAAACAGAAGUAUGCAAUCUGCUCCCACAGUUGGUGGAUAAUAUUCAAAUACAGGAAACGUUAUAUAAUAAACUCGAAGCUGAUAGGUUAGCAGUAACAAGACAACUAGGUCUUUUACAAAGGGAUCGGCCUUGGACUGCAAUAACUGUGAAAACGAGACAAGCGACCACCUCCACUCUAAACAUCAUGCUUUCAGAUGCCAUGCAAUUGAAGGAAGAAGGAUUUCUAGAUGAAAUGGAAUAUCGUUUGCUAGUAAAUGCUAUACAAGAAAGAGUACAGUCUAUUCGGCACAAGGGCAGCUUAGUGGCGCCAUCUUCACCCGAGGUAUUAACCAAUCGUCCAUACAAUUACACAGUUCGCUGCGAAUCUGCAGUACAAGCUUAUUACAUCACUAUGCAAGUUAUCAAAGAGGCGUUUAACUUGGCACCGCAUCCUAUUAUGGGGUUAGAAUCAUCAAUGUGGCGUGAAAUAGGCAUAAAACUAUCUCUAAUGGUGUUACCAAGUGUCCCAGCGUAUCAUUCGUGGUCUUCAGAGAAGAUCAGCAUGCGGCUUGAACAUGCUUUUGUGCCGUGCUUGAAGGCUUUUAAGAUAUUUGUGGUCAACGAAUUAAUGGAGGAUAUAGUUUUAUUGGACGGUGUAUGCCAGGAUUUAGCUACUAGGGAGUUAUUUCAACCCCCUUGCUAUAUACCGAGAACCGUCCAUAGACUAAUAUUUCCAAAGUCUUCCCACCUGAUAGUCUCUGGUCAAUGUCCAGAGACAAAAUUGUUGAUCGUUCCCGCCAAAGACACGGAUGAGUUGGAUAUUAUGGAGGAUGAAUUAGAUGAUUUGCAAUGUGAAUUGGUAUCCAACGCCUCAUCCCGUUGCCUAUAUCACAAAGUAAUCAGGAAAUUGUCAACUGAAUCUAGAAAUAAGAGCGCAAUGCGCGGUCGUAAGCGACGACGUGCUGGGCUCAAACGGGUCAACUAUAGGGAGUCCGUGUGGGGGAAACAGAUAUCGAAUGUCACCAUUCCAGUGAUGGGCGGAUCACAAAGUGACAAAGAGUUUUCUAAAUAUUUUAAACCUAGUUUAGAUGAAGUGCCUGAAAAAUUGGAAUCACCAAAAGCUACCGAAAAUACUUCAUUACCUAUGCAAUCGUAUGCCCGGCCAAGACAAACUCAUAUGGACUCGGAGCAAGAGAUUUACAAUACGAUGUUAUCAAAAAGCAAAGGAAGGUCGUCGGAUAAUAAAUAAAAUUGAUUUUUUUAUAGAGUAUGAUUGAGUGUGAGAUGAGAAUUUGUAAUAUACAUUUGUGAUUUUAUAUUUAUGUAAUAAAUAUAUUUAUUUAUUUAGAAAUGAAACAAAUAAUAUUUAA